AGCAGGCGAUUCAGCAAAACUUCGACUCUCGAUAAUGGAAACUGCAGUGAAUAUUCUUGACUUGCCAUUUUUAGUCCUGGACGAAAUAUUCAAACAUCUAGAUGAAUGGGAUAAAUGGUCCCUGGCUGUGGCUCAUGACUAUUUGGGAAAAGCAUUCGCUUGCCAUAUUAAAGAUGCGUAUGCAACGGUUACACUCCACUAUAACUCAGACUGGUUCCUCGAACGUAUUUUGCCUCUGUGCGGUUCAAAGAUUCUUCACAUCGAUUUAGAAGAUAAUUUUAAUAAUUUCAUAAUACUUGACCAGUUAAUUAAUGAUUGCUUCGACAAUUUGCAAUCCAUAAAUAUAACCGUAGAUGAUCAGGAGGUGGAAUAUAUAAAAAGAUAUCUUCUGCAUGGAAAGAAAUUUCAGACUCUAAGGGUUCGAAUAAAUGCGUCGAGCUCUAAUUUCUCAAAGCUUGUAAAUUCAUUUUUAAAACUUGGGAACUUAAAGGAAUUACAUAUUAAAGAUGCGGAUUGCCGUAUUGGGAAUCUUAUUAGACGUUUUACCUACUUGGAGGAUUUGCAACUCGAUUUUGGACCAUUUCAAUUUAGACUAAACAUAUAUGAUGUGCUGCUGCCACUCAAAAAUCUGCGCAAAGUGAAGAUUGUCGGAUUGGGGCAGAUGCCUCAAUUACCCACUACCGAGAUGUUUGGCGCUCUGGAAUCGUUUUGCAUUUGCAAUUCCAUCAUAUGUCAAAUAGAUUUACCUGUUUGCCCCAAGCUGAAGCAAAUUGGGUUCUGGAGCAAUUUUUGUCCGUCGAGCAUUUUAUUCAAAUGGAUUUUCGAUCAUGCCACUACCCUGGAGAAAGUGAGCAUUGCAGUCGAAGGACUUAAUAAGGACAACAUCUUCGAAAUAAUUAAAAAGUGCAAAUUUCUCCGUGACUUUCACUUGAAAAUGGAAAUAGAGUCAUUCAUAUCGAAGGAGUUUGUGGGAAAAGUAAAUGACAUUUUAAAGAGUAAUGGCUACACCAGCGAAAAGCCUAUUGUCCUGGUCCUUCCCAACAAAAGUUUCGAGCGCGUGGAGCAGAUUGUCGGCGGAAAGAAGUUUGAUUGUAUCAAUUUCCUCAACAGCAUGUUUUAUUGGGAAAAUAGAAACUAGAAAAUAGAAACUAUAUUCAUGUUUCAAACACAUUGUUUCAAUUAAAAUAUAAUAAAUAAAUACGGGCAGAACAUACCAUUGCAGAAAGAAA